AUGAGCUCUCUCAACUACUUUCUGCUCCUUCUUGCUCUGCAAUACCAAUACGCCAACGCAACACAACUCGAUGAAAAAAGACGGUCCUGCAAGUACAAAAAGCUUCUGUAAGUGAAGUUUUCGAAUGAGAAGUUAGUUCGACAUUACUUUAAAGGAUUCCAUCUGGACAUACAACCAAAAGUGAUGUUAUACAUCUUCAGUACGAGCGAGACAUUUUCCGACAGAUUAUUGACGAAGAGUGCAAAAGUGAGUAGGAGCGUCUAAUAGUAUGCCCAUAUUACAGUUCUUUCAGGCCUUUCCGAAAAAGAUCAAAUGGAAGUGAGACCGAGAAGGUCUGUCCGGAAGUUGUUCUCAUUCUUCUCCGCAAAGAGGAUAGGAGCGGUUGCCAAACCGAUAAUGAAGGGAUUGAAGGGCAAAGGGAAAACGUUUACAAAGUACGCAAAAUUGCCUCUGAAAUACGGAAAGAAAACGGUUUCGUUUGGCGUCAGAAACAACAUUGGUGACAUUGCGGAGACUGCGAUUGAAUCUAUACCGUAACGGAUUAAAGUUUUAUUAAAACUCAUUGAACCAUUGUGCUUUCAGAGAUGUUAUGGAGGCAGUCAACUCAAUAAGAGAACCGCAUGAGCCAGAAGGAAAAGAAGAGAACGCAGAACUGACUUUAAAAAGCAGUCUGGAAAGUUUCAGAGGGAACAUCAGUUCUCUGUUGAAGUACGGAAAGCUGGGAGCUGAUAUUUGGAGCACAUAUUCUGUUUGGAAGGUUUAUUAAACUGAUUCCUUUAAGUUUUCAGUCACUGUUUCAGGUGCUCGGAAUUCAUCCAGACGAGUUGACUUCCUGGGAAGAGUUGACUUCUUCAGAUGUCCAAUGCGUCAAGGACGACUUCACUUGGAUGUACUCUAUCCGAUUCAGAGUAAAUGUCGAAGAAGAAAUGGAAGUGAAAGCCGAGAUGUGUAGUGAUUUCGGAGUGUUCAGCAACAACACUUACGAGUACUAUCACUUGCCGAACGAGUAUUUGGUGCAGAGAAAUGAAAAAAUCUACUCUGUCGACGGGAUAAAGUGCUCUGGGACGGUUGGACAGACUUUGAAAAGCAAAGGGAAGGGAAGAAAAAUCAAUUCAGGAACCGAAUUAUUGCCCCGAGUCCUCGCUGAAAGAGGAAGAAUGCUCUGUGAACAACGUCGAAAAGUGCAGAUCAACGACGGAAAUUUUGACGUUCCUCAGACAUUUGAGUAGAAAUCUUCCCACCGCAGUUGUAUAUUACGGUCCCGAAGAGGUGAGUUUUAUGCAAAUAGUGUACCUUCCAGUUUUCAUGUUUAGAAAUGGGCACUGAUCGGAGAAACGGAACGAAACUACACUGUCCCUCCAUUCAACUUACUGUACUUUCUGCUGGAAGAAGGAGAGGUGCUUCGCAUUGGCCGAGAAACAUUCAUUCGAUAA